AAGGGCAUUCCUUUAAAAUCAAAUUUGUUCCACUUACAGCAUUAAAUGGUUGCUAAUUAAGAAAGUGGCUGAAAUGAAAACCUGCAGCCUCCCAAUACCCUAGAAACUCAGUUUGAGAUUUCAGCUAUAAAAAAUAUCCCAGAAUAAGAGCCCACGUUUUUGAAAUCUGCGCAUAUUCAAAAAAGAGAAGUAGGAAUAAAACAAUUAAAUAGGAUGGAGCCACGGCCCAUGCAGCGUGUAUAGCUUUCGCCUUGUCUCUUGUAACUUCUACUUCGUUGACUGUAAAGCUGCUACUCUCACUUCUUUCUCUGCUUCCUUAAAUUGCUCUGAAACCACAAACCUUUCCCCGCCCCUUUGAAACCAGGAUGUAUGCGAGUUGACAGGGUGGCGAAGUUUUUCUUGCAAAUCGAAUACAUUUAAAACUUAUAUAUACAUAUAUAUUUUUUUUCAAAAUAAUAGCAAUGAAAAUAAAAGUUUUCCUUUAACUCUCUCAUCGUCUGGCUUCGCCACGUGUAGCUAUUUUAAGAUCGCCGGACAGAAAUCCCCUUGGAUUCAAGCUGCGACGCUGUUAUCGGGUUACUAGUUAAGAUUAUUACGGAUUAGUCCGAAGUUUAUUUUUUUUUUACCGGAGACUCGUCUCCUUUCCUAAUCCGACAUAAGUAAAAUUCGCCUCCUGGGUUCCCGACUCGUCUGACGGAAGCGCUCUCGAUGCAUCCAGAAGAAGCCGUUGCAGACCCUCUCUCUGCCCCAUCCUCCAGCGGGCUGGCUGGCGACACGGAGCUUCUGGCUUCUUCGGACCGAAAAGAAUCGCUCAGUACUUACCGGGAGUUCGUCACAAGCACAUACAUGGACUUGAUGAGUGCCAACCAGCACUCUAUACACGCCCUAAACUGGCGGCGACUCUACCUGAGCAGGGCGAAGCUGAAAGCCUCUAGCAGAACAUCAGCGCUGCUGUCCGGAUUUGCAAUGGUGGCCAUGGUAGAAGUGCAGCUGCAAGACACAUUUUCCUAUCCACCUGGUUUACUAAUUGCUUUCAGUGUGUGCACCACAGUCCUGGUGGCUGUCCACCUCUUUGCCCUGAUGAUUAGCACCUGCAUUUUGCCACACAUUGAAUCUGUCAGCAACAUCCACAAUCUGAACUCUGUGUCGGAGUCACCACAUGAACGCAUGCACCACUACAUCGAGCUCGCCUGGGGCUUCUCCACAGCCCUGGGUAUCCUCCUUUUCCUUGUAGAGGUGGUGCUGCUCUGCUGGGUAAAGUUUCUACCAGUGGGAGUUCCGGUGAUGAAAGAUGGACUGAUAAUAAAUACGACAGAGAAUUCCAAAUAUGAUGAGAGCGAGCGCUGGAAUGCAGCUUUAGCUGCCACAGUCAUCAUGGUUCCCGUUGUACUGAUUUUCAUGGCUUUUGCCUUUCAUUUUUAUCGUUCACUGGUCACACAUAAAACAGAUCGGCACACACAGGGGCUGGACGAGUUGAAUCGCAUUAAAUUUCAGCUUGAUGAUGAAGACUUGAUUGUGAAUACAGUUUAAAAUUGGGUAAAACAGUUGGCAGUUUAAUAUUUGUGUGACAAAUGCAUAGAACAAUGAUCAUUUCAAGUGAACCAUCAUGUUCAGAGACUCGCUUGGUGGCCUUUUUCAGGCAUUUCAUCAAAUACAGAAACAAUUUAACCCCUCCAAGUUUUUUUCUUAUAAGAAUGCAGCAACGGAUUUUUCUUGUAUAGACUGCAACUUUUUCUAAAUUCUAUUCAUUGUUUAUUUCAAAAUGAUUUUUGUAAUUUGGAAAAUGUGACAGACCUACAGUAGGUUCGCCUCCCGGGUCCUCCCUGCAUGGAGUUUGCAUGUUCUCCCCGUGUCUGCGUGUGUUUCCUCCCA